GUAGUUCUCUGCAAUCUUGCGUAAUAUUUACGUCAAAGUAAUCUGGUUUACAUAAACUUCUGUAUUUUACCCCUACGUCAAAACGAAAAAUAGAUAAAUCAGUAAGCUGAUUAAGAAUAUUUUUGCGAAGAUUCUAAAUGUUGGGCGCAAUUUAUAAAAAACUGUUAAUAUUUGAUAUUAAUACUAAUAAUAAUAAUGAAACAUUGAUUAAUCAAUGAAUUAUUGAAAAACGGAACGUUCGAAAAGUUAUUUUUUUUUCAAUUGAUAAUCGCAUUUUUCAAAUCUUAAACAUUUUUUCAAUAAAAGAAGAAAAAUAAGUUCGUUUAAAAGUUUCAGGUAUAAAUAUACUAUACAAAUCGGUCGAGUGAAAAGAGUAAAACAAGUAAGUCAGUGAAGAGAAGAAAAAAAUAUGUUGAUUGUCACGUAUCAAUAAAAAAAAUCUCGGAAUGUAUUCUUAUCUUAAUACGAAGAAUUAGUAUAUCGAUAUCUAACGAAAUCUUUUUAGAUAAACCUAAGUAUAUAUUAUCAGGGAAAUAUUAUCUAUUGCGUACUUAUGAAUGAAUUCCGAUGUUCGUCUUGACAUUAAAUAUAAAAAGCCUGACAAAAAAAAAAUCAAUCUAGUUCGAAUAAUGUAUCGAUUCUGCUUGUUAUUUAUUGCUUUCCUAGCAACACCAUCAUUUUCAAAUGAACAAAACCUUAGACCACUCAAAGGAAUGCAGAGAUUGCUCAUAACAUGUCAAACACUGGAAGAAUUAUCAUUUGUGAAAACUUACAUCGAUAAUGAUAAUUUUGAUAUUUUAAAAUUAACAAGAAGACUUAGUGAGCCAAUCGAUGUUUUAGUGAUUGCUGAUCAAGUUGAGAUUUUCCGAAAGAUCCUGGAUAUGAAAGAAAUUCAAUACAGCGUAGAUGAUUACGAUGUUGCUGUAACGGUACAUGAUGAAGCAAUGCUGAACAAUUUUCAGAAAUUAACCAGACGUUCAGCAAAUUUCACCAACGAGCGCACACCAUUUGGUUAUUAUCCACGUUAUCAGGAGAUUGAAACCUAUCUUCAUGAACUCAGUGAGAAAUACAGAAACAUUGUAACAGUAUUCAGCAUUGGAAAUUCCUUUGAGGGCAGGCCAAUAUACGUUGUCAAAAUAGCGAGUGGAGGAAGCAAUAAGCCAGCAGUAUUUAUAGACGCCGGAAUACAUGCGAGAGAAUGGAUCGCACCCUCUACAGCACUCCAUGCAAUUCAUGAGCUUGCAACGAAUAAGAACAACAGUUAUCUCUACGAAAACGUAGACUGGUACAUUGUUCCAUGUUUAAAUCCUGAUGGUUAUGAAUACACUCACACUGAUUAUCGAUUCUGGAGGAAAACAAGGUCAAAUUCAGGAAGUAGGUGUCCGGGUACUGAUGCCAAUAGAAACUUCGAUUAUAAGUGGAUGACAAUUGGAGCUUCAAGUUCACCAUGCGAAGAUACAUAUGCUGGACCAAAACCAUUUUCAGAACCAGAAACUCAAGCUUUACGUGAUUUUCUAUUAGCAAAUAAACAGGCAAUAAAAGUCUAUCUAACGCUUCACUCAUAUGGUAACUGGCUGCUGCAUCCAUGGGGCUGGACCGAUAAAUUACCAGAGAACGAACCAAUUUUACGUAAAGUUGGCCUGGAUGCUGCAGAAGCUUUAUCAUCUAAAUAUGGUACAAGAUAUACCGUUGGAAGUUCUACAGUUCUUUUAUAUGCUGCUGCAGGUGGCAGUGAUGAUUGGGCUAUGGCUGUCGCAGGCAUCGAAUUGUCGUAUACCAUCGAAUUACCAGGUGGCAGAUUCGAUCCACUACCGAAUAAUAUUGCUAAAGUUGGUCAUGAAACAUUUGAAGCGUUCGUUGUUUUUCAAACGUACGUUGAAAACAAAUACAUAAAUUAAUGUGACAGUUUCUGAAUGAAAAAAAUAUAUAAUACAUAUAGUAUGAUGAUUUCCUACUAUAAAAAGUAGAAUAAUAACGCCGGUUCUUCGUCGUUUUUCUGGUCACUGGCUCCAUUCUCUAUCUCUCCGUCUCUUUUUUUCUGUCAUUUUCAAUAAUAAAAACUAUAUAAAAUAAA